AUGGUUCAUGCAGUGAUUUUUGGCAUACCGAAUUGGCGGAAACUUACAACCCGCUUCCGUUUAGGUACAUUCAAGAUGAAGAUGCUCACGACGAAGUAUGUUAAGAUAUGUGAGUCGGAAGAUGACUCACCGAUUGAAGUGCCACUAGAAGACGAUGAUACACUUCUUCUGUCCACAUUAACUGCUCAAUUUCCUGAUUGCACCGGUCUUAAGUAUAAAUCCGGGGAUACUGGGUGUUAUCGUGGCGUCCGACUUGUCGAUGAUCGUUUGUACCCUCCAGCUGAUGGACAUUGGCACGGAAACACCUUUUGUUGUGUAUUUCCUAAAUGUUCGAAAAGAAAGGCAGACGAAGAUACGUUAGAAAUUAAGUCGAAGAUGAAAAGAUUCGAUAAGAAAACUUGCACAGAUUUAAUAGUCUUGAAUUUACCAUGGAGGGCGGACGAAGACGCACUACGCGAGUACUUUAGUCAGUAUGGUGACUUGGUAAUGGUCCAGGUAAAGCGUGAUCCACUUACCCAACAAAGCAAAGGAUACGGUUUUAUUCGAUUCGCUGACUAUACGGCGCAAGUCAUGUGUUUGGCUGAAAGGCAUUCUAUUGACAAUCGACAGUGUGAUGUCCGCAUUCCGAUAUCAAAAACGGAGGGGAUCGUCAAGAAGUCUCUCGGAAAGUCCACAUCGGCAGGCUUACGGAAGAUAUUAGUGCCGAAACUCUUCGUCAGCAUUUCUCUCAAUACGGACGGGUAUCCGAUGUCUUCAUACCCAAACCAUCCCGAAGUCGCAUCCUCUUUGUUGGGCAAGGAUCAAGACAUUGAAGGUGUUCGAGUUACUGUUGGCUCUGCUGUUCCGAAACUCCCUCCGAACGCACGCCUAAACACAAAUAAUCAACGAAUCCCAGCCAAUCCAAUGCAAGCUGCAUUUCAGUCUACAAUGAUGGGAACUAGUCAGUGGAGUGCUUGGCACCCGGCAUAUAGUGGAAUGAUGACCAAUAACCGGUAUGGAGGACAAACUCCUGUAAAAGGUGGAAACCGUUCAAGUAAUGGCUCUGUAGGUGGGUUGAAUCCAGCAGCAGCAGCCGCCGCUGCCGUUUUAGCAGCAGAAUACACUCGUGUUCAUAAUCGAAAUUCCAGCACACCUAUCAACGGACAGCAGGAAUACAAUGGUCUGCCAGUGGAUUCCACAAACAAUGCCGCAUUAGCCACAAUGAAUAUACUUAGUAAUCCAAAUGUCGUGGCUGCCAUUGUUAGUGCUGCUACUGGAGCUGGAAAUACUUCCAUGCUAGGUAGUUCUAGUGUAGUUUGA